UAUAUAUAUAAGAUUACUGAUUUUCCUCUGCAAGUUGCAUUUCUGUCUGCUGCAUUCUGUAGAUACAUACGACUGUAUUGUAUCGAUGAACACGAAGAAGAAGAAGAAGACGAAGUGCUGAACUGAAAAGUCUCUGCAGACAUGUUCCGUCUCAGAUCUCCGAUCAAGAAACCCAUCACGACAGCCACCGCCGUCUCAACUUUCCCGCUGACGGGAACCGCCGUCGCCGGCUAUAUGGAUCCGGUUAUCUGGGCCGGUUUACCCGACUACCUCCUCGAUCACAUCCUCUCCUUUCUGCCUUUCCACAAUCUCGUCGCUCUCAGAUCGAUCUCCAGACAUCUCCGAUCUCUGCUCCUCUGUCCGACCUUCCUCUCCGACAGGUCUUUCUCUCUCCCCUCUUUCCUCCUCCUCUCCCAUCCUCAGUCCUUCCGCUCGUUUCCACUGUUCGACCCUAGCCUACACUCGUGGCGCACGUUACCCCUCCCCUUCUCUCUCCCGCUAACCUGCGCCUCCUCCCUCCUCUCCUCCUCCCGUGGCCUCCUCUGUUUCUCUCUCCCGAGCUCGUCUUCUUCCUCCCUCGCCGUCUGCAAUCCCCUCACCAACUCCUCCCGGCUCGUGAAAUUCCCAUUUUACCCUUUCUCGUUCGAGCUUCUCGCCAUCGUCGCCUCUCCCGAUGGACACCACUUCCGGAUCUUCACUCUAUGUUCUUCGUCGUCGUCCUCUGGGGUUUAUAGCUCUGUUUUCGUGUACGAUUCCAGAGAUAGAUCAUGGAGAAAAUCCGACGGGUUCGAUCAGGUUUUACCCCGUGGGUUCCAUCAAGACGGAGUUUUCUACAAAGGGUCUCUGUACUUCGCCGGAAUCGAGCCGUUUACGCUUGUGAGCGUCGAUCUCGACGGCGGAAAAUGGACCUCCGUCGCCGGAAUCGGAGAAUUUCUCGCCGGAGACGAGCUCACGUUCGUCAGACUGGUGAGCGACACCGAGGGGAAGAAACUGUACAUGGUGGGAGGAAUCGGGAGCAACGGGAUCUCGAGGAGCAUCAAGAUCUGGGAGAAGAGAGAGGAGAUGGACGAGUGGGUGGAGCUGGAGACGCUGCCGGAGAUGAUCUGUCGGAAAUUCACGUCGGUGUGUUACCACAACUACGAGCAUGUGUACUGCCUGUGGCACAAGGGAACGAUCUGCAUCUGCUGCUACAGUUGGCCGGAGAUUCUGUUCUUCCAUGUCGGAAAAAGGACAUGGCAUUGGGUUCCAAAGUGUCCGUCAUUGCCGGAGAAAUGGAGCUGUGGAUUUCGCUGGUUCUCUUUUGUCCCUACCUUGUCCGCUUCUGUGUAAUCGGGACUUUUUUUUUUUUUUGCUGUUUUGAUAGUGUUCUUCGUGAUUCCGUAUAGAAUAAAAAAAAAUUGUUUUUUUUUUCUUGGAACGAUAAGAUUCUGAAUGCAAAUUGCCAAAUUGUCA